UUUCUUCAUCGCUGGUCUAAUCGAGAGAGAGCCCCCGGAGGAUCCCUGGCUGGUUCUAUCGCUCGUCUCGUCUCGUCUGCUAUUUAUACAGAGUUUGAUUCUGUACUCGGCCCGUAUGUGCUAAGAAAGCUGGUCCGUUUCAACGCCAUGCCACCAUCUCCCACACAGACUGGUGCGCAAGCCACCCCUGUUGUGUCAGCACCGCGAGAACCGACGAAAUCAGUGCCCAAGGAGAGCCCGCUUGUGCAAUCAGCCGGGCCGGAAGGACAGUCACCGCCGCCGUGUCCUGGUCACCAGAAUCUCGUCUUCACCGACCCGGUCGCCUUCCGCUACCUGGAGGAGGACCGGUGUACCGUCGUCCUGCAUCGGCGGCUGAUACUGGAGGGGUAUGAGGUCUACAUUGUCGAACAAUGGGCGUGCACGCGGAUUCAUCCUACUUUCAUCAUUACUACCUACACGGGAGAUCCGUCGCACAAGGUCACCGUCGGGGUGCUGAGCGUCCCGACUGAUGAAUCAGCAUGGUCGCCCCGUCUGAGGCUGUAUCUUAAUGCUGUCGUACAAUGCCAAGCGCAGAAGAGAGACACUCCGUUGGGGACAUUGAUGGUCACCGACCUGAGUAUCUUUCCUUGCGCACUUACGCUCAUCCCCGUCCCGGACGGCGAUGUUCUCAAACACAAGGACGAUUUCAUAGUCAAUGAGAAUCUCAAACGAUUAGGUUGCUCGGGUCGGGCCAGCCUGAAGCUGCAGCCUCCGUCGCCGGCCACAGAAGCCAAGUUUCAUCACCUCUACCGGACAAGUGAGCGGGUACCCCUCUACAGUGCAGUCAUUGAACUGGUGAAGCAAUGCCAGAUCGCUCUGAUGAUGUUUGGCAUUCUGGCCCCGGAGUAUGUGGAUGGUUUGCUGUGUGAUAUGACGGAGGCUGCCAUAGCGGACUGGUGGACCGAGAUUGGCAUGGACCUGUACAAUAUCGAGCCCAGUGACAGUAUGCUGGGCCCCAUUUCGGUCUCCGCGCUACUGGGCACUCUCAUCGGGGCCCGAAAUCGGCUUCAUGCGUUCGGUGCCCCGGUCGGCAAGGACGCGUUUGAUAUCCAAAAUCUCAAACGAGGGAUCGGGAGCUUCCAGAAAUCGCAGAAGAUGAAACGAACCAGACGGCUGGACCGCCAGACCUUGGAUCGAUUGCAUCGGGCGACUGCCAAGGCAGCCAACGCUGAGGGCUGGACCGAUGCUGUGAAAUCGACGAUGGCAGAACUGAGCGGGCACGGCGGCGAGAUGGUCAUGGGGAUGGUCCGGGGUCGGGAGAAGAGCGGCAUUGCCGACAUAGAGACCCUGGACAUUGACACUUUCGCGCGUCUGGUCAAAGGUGAGAGGGCAAAGUGGCUAUGGAGGGGCAAACCGCGCAAGGGUGGCAUCGGCGAGUCAUUCGAGGGCGGCCCGUUUGCCGCAGACAUGGUUCACAGGUCCAAAGAGCAAGGGGGCUAUCCCUGGACAACCCGGAAAAGACAUUCUCACGAGGAUCUGACUGCGGAUCGACCUCCCCCUGAUGCUGAUCGUUCUCGGAUUCCUCCCGAGGCAGCCGCUCCUUUCGACGAAAAGGAUCAAAAUCUGAGUAGUAUAGUGCGAAGAGGCGUUAGUGGGAAAGUGUCAGACGCGAGAGCUGGUUUCGGUAGAUUCAAAGAUGCGGUGGGCCUGCGAUCACAUCCCUCCAAGCAUACCAGGGAGGGACAGUAUGCUUAUAGCGACUCGUCUCACCUGCCUCCUAUCGAUAGUGACACCGAGCCAAGUCAGCGGAAAAAGCCCGACGGUGACCCGAACGUUGCGGAGCAAGGAAGCGUCCACGAGUCUGAGGGCCGAGCUCUCACUGAGGAUGUUGCGGGUGCCGAGUCUGUACCAAGCAUUGUGCCCCCACAAUCUCCCGAAGCAAAGGCGCCCGCGAUCACGGUGGAGGCGGUUCCGGACAACGCCGACUCGGAGUCAGCCCGCAAGGUGCCGAUAUUCCGAGCAGAUGAUGAGGUGCCAGACGAGGAACGUCGAAGGACCCCCUCGACGGAUGUCUCCGCCGAUAGGGAGCGGACGCCGGAUAUCGGGAUCACGUUGCUGCGUCGGCCCCAGAGUUGCGGCCAGCUAGGCCCAGAGCGUAUCCCCGAACGGACGGAUGGCCGUUGGCCACGCCAUCUGUCUUUCAGCACCGUGGAAGAAGUUGUACUCGGAUGGGACGGGUUUGGCGGCGUGGACGAGCGGCCCGACGCGCCCUUGGAGGAGGCGGUCGUCCAUGAGGACAUCCUCGCCUCCGACGCGCGCCUUUUCAGCGCCAAGCUCCGCGAGCUGAGCGAACAAACCGCGCCCUGGGUCGAGCAGCAGGUGGCCUCCGUGGACGACUUGAACCGCUGUCUGUACGAGAAUUACGAGAAGAUCAAUACCGCCUACCUGGAGCGACUCGCGGUCUUCCAGCAGCUGCGCGGCAAGUCCAGCGAUCUGCUGACGGAGGAGCACACCCACCUCGCCGAUUACAUGCGCCGGGUCGAAUUGAUGGGCGCGAAGCUGGACUACGAGCUCCACGUCCUCGAGUCCAAAGUCGAAGAUGUCGAGACCGGGCUCGGGGAGUUCGAACGCCAUGUGGCUGAUGUGGAGACUAGGGUCCGGUUGCUGGUGCGCGGCGAGAAAGACCGCGAGAAUAGCUCGUGGCUGUCCUGGUUGGGCAAACUGGCUGGUCUCUCGAGUUAAGAUGGGUCUUGGCUAGUGGUUGUGUUGGUGUAGGA